GCUGUGCGAGUGUCCUACCGGUAGAACGGGCGAGAACUGUAGCAAGCGCUGUGAGUUGCCCCAAGGUUGUGCCGACAUUGACGUGACCACAAGUACGUGUACUUUCGAUAUCACCGAUCCCACUAAGGGCAUCCAGUGCCACAUUUGCAGCAUUGGAUACUUCAUGGCGGUUGAAGGUACACCCUGUCUGCCCUACACUCGAUGUGCAGACGACGAGUACGAGCUAACGGAGCCCAACAACGUCACAGACCGUGUGUGUGAAAGAGGGACCGAGUGUGAAGAUAACGCGUACUAUCUGCGCAAUCUGACCGACAAAACAGAUGCCGAGUGUGGGCUGUGCAGCAGCCCUAUGUACUGCAAAAUCCAGCUGAAGCCAUGUACCGCGUACAGCGACAUUGUGUGUUCCGAAUGCGUGAAUGGCUAUCACGGCAGUUCGUGCAACACGCAGACUGUAGUGUUUGCCAUCAACGAGGACUUCGAUACCUUUGAUAGUGUCAGCUUCACCAACAAGCUGACGGCUAAUCUGGAAGUACCGUCUAGCUACGUCACCUUGGAACGCAUCGAGGAGGGGAGUGUUAAUGCCUACUACAGUAUGAACACUCUGGCCGUGAAGAAUCUGGAAUCCAAGUUCUUGCGCCAACAACAAGCACCGGUCCAAAAUGUGGUCGGCGUCAGUAUUGCGGAUGCGCCUAUGGUAGAUACCAGUAGCGAUGGUGACGGUGGUCUGUCCGACGGCAUCAUCGCCUUGAUCUGUGUGCUGCUAAUUUUGACCGCUGUAGUGGUAUUUUUGAUAGUCGGGUACUGCGUUGUUCUAAACCGCCAACGGAGGAAGAGUGAGGAGAAAAAAGCUCGUAUUCACCCGAUGUUCAACUUGCCGCCUGAUCUGUUAAAGCAGAUCAAUGAGCCAGAAGCCGUGGCUGUGCGUGCCAGAGCUCGUAUGGGAAACCAAAUUAUCGACAUCAAGAACAUCAAAACAGUGCAGUUGCUGGGCGCGGGUAAUUUUGGUGUGGUGUACUUUGCAAUGCUAAAAGACUCCAAUGGUCACGAGUCGCCAGUGGCAGUGAAGCAGCUCAAUGUUACGGAUAACAACAACGUCAAGGUGUUUGCUGAGGAAGCGGUAAGUGUAUACACAUACAUAUUCGAUCGGGAUGAGCCAAUCACUGUAGGGGAGAAGUACCAUCUGUCGUAUCAAAUCGCGAGCGGAAUGUCCUACUUGGCGAGCCAAGGCAUAGUUCACCGAGAUCUGGCUACGCGUAACUGCAUGUUGACGCUGUCAAACAUGAACACAUUCGGAUACCCUACGCUGAAAGUAGCAGAUUUCGGACUGUCGCGUACUAUGAACGUGGAGAACAGUUGUUACGUGGUGGAAUCGCCCACUCCGUUGCCCUUCCGAUGGUCUAGUCCGCGUGCGUUGUUUGAGGGUCGGUUCUCGACAUACAGCGAUGUGUGGUCGUAUGGGGUUACCCUUUGGGAGAUCUUCUCCGAUGCAGAGGAAGUCCCAUACCGAGAAUUCACCAUUUACACCAUACUGUCAUAUCUACAAAGCGGGGGCAGGCUGAAGAAGCCAGAACAGUGUCCAAAGGAUGCUUAUGAGGUCAUGGCUUCGUGUUGGGAGAUUGUACCCGAAAAAAGGCCAGAUUUCGAAUCUCUUGAGUAUAAUUUUGCCUCUCUCUUCAUUCCUCAUUGCUCUACUGCCGUUAGACCACAGACACUGGAAGACGGCCGCACAGUACUAAGGCCUGGCCGAAAGAACAGUAUAUACAGAGGCGACUCAAACCAAACAGCUGAGAACAGCUCACUCGAUUUCUCGUCCGAUAACAGAGGGGAAGAUGAGCCAAUGAUAUAUGUGGGUUCUGAUGAUAUAUCCGGCUUACCAAACGACCACCAACAGAUCCUACACAGUCACCGCAAGAAAUCGGCCCACAACUACGACAACACCUUCGUCUUCGGAAACAACGACGAAGCUAUCAUUAAAGUUGACUUGGAUGACGAUUCGGCCAACACCUCAGCUGCGCUCAGUAAAACCUCACCAGGGUCCGUUGACGUGGGGCAUUCGGACGUCCAUUCGGUUAUAAGCUCUGAAGUGGAUACAGCCACGGCCCUAAACGCAGCAGCAUCUAAGAAAAUUAUGUACACAGUUUGAUGCGAACCACCGUAGUGACCCUUGAAGGCUAAAUAGUGCGCGACUUCGUUCUAUUGAGGCUCAAAUAGAGGGGUUUGGGGCUGUCGAAGACUCGGUUUUGGCACGGGUAUCAUGUUGUUCCAGGCGAAAACCUGCUGUUUGUGCCUACACAUUUCACGCGAGUUUAUGGCAUUCUGAUUUCGUGGUCGAAAGCUCAGCGACAGACGAUAGGUGCUGCAAGUAGUAAUCGGGAUCAACUGUAGGUUUCGCUAAUAACCGGCAUAGGAAUCGACCGAGCUGCGACGGAAGUUCGAUCGAACCACGCCUCGGAUCAAAUCGGAAUCGGCCGUGAACAGUUCACUUCACCUGAUCAAAUUUAAAUCGGCAGUGGAAAUAAUCCACACCUAAAUCCAAAUGAAAUCGUCAGUAGAAACAUCAUCGUGUCAGUGGCCGGAAUGCAUGACAAUCCAAGGGGUACACAGCGUCGAGUGCAACAGAGGCUUACAGCGAACUGGGCAUUUUUCAAUGCUAUUUUGGUCCCUAAGCAACGGACGGUCACAAAGUUCGCUACUUGACGUGUGCGGCCAGUGUACCUAUUCUGAUGCUGAAAUGAGAAUCCAAAUGGGUGAAACCUCGGAAUCUGAGCAUUUUAUGGCUCGGGCAAAUGGUGUAUAGAAUACAAACCCAAAUUUAAAUUCCGGUGUGAAUGACCGGUAAUGCCAGGGGAAAGACCAGUGGGGUGAAUAGUGUGCAGACCUAAAUUUAGAAUGAGGGAUGAAACGAAUGAAUGGGAGAAGAAACACACUCCGAAAUUAAAUUAGGAUAAGCCAAAUUACUGGCGCUUCGGUAAUAUGCAGGUAACAGUCGACCAGCAUCCAAAUUUAUGUUGAAAAUAUUUUAUUAGGCCAGCAGGCAUGGAUUGAAUGAGAAACACAGGGGAUGAUUCGUAUCGUCGCAAAUACCGUAGAAUUUACUUAGCAUGCAUUACAUGUGUAUGCUGUAGACCUACGAUUCCUGUAGACUAUUAGACAGAUAAAGUCAAUGAUAUAACGAUAUUAAAGCAGCUCAGUCCGAUCGUAAAAGGGUGUUAUUCUUUUGUGGGGUAUCACAACUCGAAAAGUACUAGUCAAGAACGUAGCUAGGACAUGCCCGUAUAUUUCUUCCCAGGAAAAUUCGUUUUAGUGAAAUCUUUAUGUUGUACCCAGUGAAGGUAAAUAGAACAGUCAAUACUGGCAACAAUUGACGAUUGGUUUCAUUGUGUGCUAGUUGUCCUCGAUUAAGUUUAUGCAUUUGAACGCUAGUGUG